UUGGACACCUCAGGGCGGGGAAGGAGCGUCGCAGGAGGCCGGUGUUGUGGAGCUGAUCUGCCGAUGCAAGCUGCAGAUGCAUGCUGCAGAUGCACGGACAUCACUGAUGAGCAACCACAGCUGUGAGAGAAUCUGCAGGAGGAGUUUCAUUUCAGAUUGAGCUGCAGAAAGGAAGGAAGGAUGAGCUGCAGGAGAGGAAGAGGAGGGUUUGUCACCAUGCUGCUCUUCUUGUGUCUAACAUGGACUCAGCUGCUGAUCACAGAGUCUUCUUCAGCUGACCACGAGCUUCGUCUCUUCCCUUCUCGUCGCUCCACUCGUCUUCCUCCACCUCUACUGGAGCUGAACCCACAGCACGAUGUCGACAGUGUGCUCGAGUCCCACCUCCACCGACAUCUUCAUCUUCAUCAUCAUCAUCCUCAUCAUCAUCAGCGCCCUGCCAGGGUAGCCAGCGUGGCGCCGGCCGCCCUCUUGGAGUCUCGGUUUCGGCAGGAGUCUGGCGGCCAUCGAACCCUCAACCUGCUGGCUCGACCUCAUCAGGAGGUGCAGCCGGAGCACGCCGUGGUGUCUGCACGCCAUCUGGUUACCGUGUACCUGGCUGUGGAUGUGAGGAGGCUGAACGUCAGUCUUCUUCGGUGGUUUCGGGAAGGCGUAGCGGCGGCUCUGGGCGUUCCUGCAGGACACGUGCACAUCAACCGUCUGAAUGAGAAGAAGAAUGGCAUCGAGCUCUUCGUGUCCUCCGAUAGGCCGGGGAUCUCCGAGCCCCGCCCCGCCGAAGAGGUCAUCCAAUCACUGAACGUCCGGGUCCUCCACCGUCACCUGGGACACUUCGGCAUCACCGAGGUCUCCACCGAGAAGAACGUCCUGCAGGGCGAGCAGAGGGACCACGUGUGGAGCAGAGAGGGUUUCUACGCUUCACCAUCUGUCUUCCUCUUCUUCACCAUCUUCGUCAUCAUCACCUGCUUGAUGGUUUUGUACCGACUCAAGGAGAAGGUCCAGGUUUCUGACAGACAGCUGAAGGCUCCGCCCCCUGACCUCCUCCUGACCCCGACUGUCCACUCAGACUCCGUCCAGAGGUCAAAGGGCACCAAGUUUGUGACGUCAGGAAGCAUGGUCCAGGCUGAGCUCCCUCCAACUGUAGCCACGCCCAUUCGCCAUCAGCAGCCAAUCGUAGCCUGCCGCCGCCUCGCUCCUCCUCCCGUCGUCCCUCUGCCGCCCUCCUCCCCCUUCCCUGUCUUCAGCAGCAUUGACCACGCCCCCUGGCCAGCGUUCCCGGUGACGGCCAAUAACGAGCUGAAGCCCUGCCCCUCCCCCUUCAGGAUGAAACCUGCAGCAGGACUGCAAGAGAGACGUGGCUCUAACGUCUCUCUGGUGUUGGACAUGUCGGCUCUCGGCUCCGUGGAGCCCCUCAGCGUGGCCCCCGUGGUGACGCCCAGAGAGGCGGCGGCCAGGGAGUACCUGCUGGCGGCCGGUCGGCCUCUGACGCGACAGCAGCUCCGCGACGUCGUCAACAACACGCACAAGCUGCACGCCGAGUUCGCUGAAAUUCCAAUGAAUUUUAUUGAUCCCAAGGAGCUCGAUAUUCCAAACCACGGGACCAAGAACAGAUACAAGACCAUACUGCCCAACCCGCAUUCCAGAGUGAUCCUGAAGUCCAAGAGCUGCAACGACCCUCUGAGCUCCUACAUCAACGCCAACUACACACGGGGUUACCUAGGCGGCGAGCGGGCGUUCAUCGCCACCCAGGGUCCCAUGGUGAACACGGUGAACGACUUCUGGCAGAUGGCCUGGCAGGAGGAGUCGCCCGUCGUCGUCAUGAUCACCAAACUGAAGGAGAAGAACGAGAAGUGUGUUCUGUACUGGCCUGAGAAGCGGGGGAUCUACGGGAAGGUUGAGGUUUUGGUGAACAGCGUCAGAGAGUGUGAACACUACACCACCCGCCAUCUCACACUCAAGUGUGGGAAUCAAACCCGCGUGCUGCAGCAUUACUGGUACACGUCAUGGCCCGACCACAAAACACCCGACUCUACGAUGCCGCUGCUGCAGCUGAUGGCCGACGUGGAGGCGGACAGACGGACGGCCGCCGCCGUGGGACCGGUCAUCGUCCACUGCAGCGCCGGGAUUGGCCGGACAGGCUGCUUCAUCGCCACGACGAUAGGCUGUCGGCAGCUGCAGCUGGAGGGAGUGGUGGACGUCCUGAGCAUCACCUGCCGACUCCGAGCCGACAGAGGUGGGAUGAUCCAGACAGGUGAGCAGUACGAGUUCGUCCAUCACGCCCUGAGUCUGUUCGAGGCCCGCCUCUCUGCAGAAACCGGCCAAUGAGGGAGCAGCACCACACGGGAGGCGUCGACUUUAAUGUGGAAGUUUGCUGACAUCAGCACAGGAUCUCCGAAAUAAGGGAAUUCUUGAGGGGAUCUUUGAUUUCAAUGGACAGCCAAUGAGGACGGCUGUGGGCGGAGCCUGCUGAAGGGAACGAAGAAAGGUAGUUUUCUGAAAAUGGAUACUUCUUCUUCUUCUCUGGUGUUUCUUCUUCACGUGUUGUUGGCGAGUUCUUCAGAGGAGCUGGAAGGACUUUCUUCUCUCAACUGACUGGAUCGUGUUCUUAGCCAACCAGACUGUCCUGUUUACCUCUUUUCUGUGGCGGAGACGUAGAAAUCGUUCUGACUGAAACUGAUGCUACACUGUUGUGUUUCUGUGUCUUCUAGGGUUUUAAAUUAUUUUGUAUCGUGGUUCUUAUAAGAAAUGCUAUCUGACUGUUAGCUCGUCGUUUGGUUAAAAUGCUAAACUGGUGACUGAACUCUUCCAGCUGCUGUUGUGACGUCCGCUCUCCGUACGCUCCUCCGUCAUUCCAUCAUCCACGCAUCCUUUAACAUUUUAAUCCAGGAGCUUUAUGGAUCUUCAAAAGUAUUUUAAUGAUCCAACUUCCUUUUAAACUUUCAGUUCAAGCAACCUGAAAUCUUAACUUUUUAACAAGCAAACAUCCCUUUUUAAACAUGUUUUUAUCCUAAUGCUACUUUCUGAUAUGUUAGCAUAUAAGCUAUUCUACACAGCUACCAAACACUAGCUGUGUUUCCAUAAACGUAGUUUUAAUUCACAUUUUGAAGUAUCUCAUUAGAAACUGCAAAAUUCUAUAAAACUUCCUCAAUUGCGCAAAAAUCUUAUGUUCAGUUGAGGUGUUUUUUUCCUUUAUUAGUUUUUGGGAAAUUCCUCUGCAGAGUAAGUUCUGACGUAACGGACAUUUAACUCACAUGAAUUAUCGGUUGUUUCAUCAACGAUAUAAUCGCAAAAACAUGGUUAAAAAAACAAUUAAAACUCCCAAAUUUAAGUUAAUUCAUUGAGACCUUUUCUCCAUUUUCCUCUCGCCAUCCAAGGAGGCGACUUGUUCUGUUUCUGGUUUCGCAAACUUCUUCUUCUACUCUUGUUUACAUGCGGAUUACAACCAAUACGUAAAGUGUAGCCUUUAGCGCUAACUUUCUUUACGCAACUACGUUUAUUUGCUCCAAACCAGUUGAUGGAUUUGCAUUUAAUUCUCUUUUUUGCGACAUUGAAUGGAAACCCACCAACCAACCAACCCACCCACCAACCCACCAAUGGAGAAAAUACUCUAAUGAAGUAAUCAAGUACAACAUUUUGAUUAUUUCCACUGCGCUGCUGGACGUGGUAACUGACGGAGAGCAGAAGUCACAACGUAGCUAACCUCCAGCCAUAGAUGUAAAGCUAAAAGCUAACAAACCAAUAUAAUGAAUAACAAGCUCAUGCUAAGCUAGUUCUCGUAGCACAGCAAUCUGCAUAGAGGCUAAUUCUAGCUUUAGUAGUUCAGUGUUAAUCCGUAUGCUUUGAUGCUAAUAAAUGGAUGCCAACGUAUAAGCUCAUGCUAUUAUUAGCUUGCUAUGCUAAUGCAAUAUUUUGCUUAAACCAGUUAUAUCUAGUAUUCAACUGCUAAAGAUGCUAGAAUGUUUUUUAUAGCAAUUAUUUAUAAAUACGUCUCCCAUAAGGCUUUGAGAGUACGAAGCGAGAAUUAUGGGAAAUGUACUUUUUUGAAUGCUAACUAAAUAAUUGGUCUAUAUGUGGACUUAACGCCCAACAUAUCAAGUUAAAACUUUAUAAAAGAUCAAUAAAAUGUAUAGAGCUCAUAAAUAUAUGGAGGCUAUUGGAGCAUAAGCUAGCUCUAAAGUAGCCGAUCGCUAUCAGUCACAAUUUAUACAUUUAAUUAAUUAAUUAAGAUAAAUCCUGCUGAAAUAUCUUGACAUUUUAUUCAAGAGUUUUCAGCAAUCGUCCAAAUUGAAAGACAUAAUCUGCUGAGUGAUGUUGUGCUGCUUUGUCUCAGAGUUCUCACUCUGUGUCGUAGUUAAACUUAGUUGAACAAUUCCCCAAGUUCUGUAAUAUUUUGCUUUAUACCAAAAAUAAGUGAAAUAGUUUACGUCACGAUGGUGCAGUCAUCUCAUCGAUGUGCUGUUGUACAUUUUAAUCUUAGUGAGUACGUUAUUUUUGGUGUAUCAAAGUAAUAAUAACUUUAUUUUUCUACUGUUUUUACAUGUUUUUCAUGUGUUUUAGCCGCUGUUUGUCUACUCUGUCUAAUCUCACCGUCUCUUAACCGUCAACCUAACGGGAGCCGUCAAAUAUAACGACGUAUUUUAGAAUAAAAAUGUGAAACAAAAAUGUAGUUCCUGUGUUGACUUGUUUUAGAGAUCUGAGGUUUCUACAGUGACAUUAACAUCCAUAUAUCUCUCUGUGUGAACCGGGUAACGUUGUACAGAACAUGUUAAAGUGCUAUUAUAUUAAAACCUAAUGUGGGAAGUUACGUUUCCAGUCAACGGACCACAAAACAAACACGGAGAUCUUGCUGCUAAAACCGAGAAAGUCUGAAACGUCGACGGGACAAUAAACGAGAGAA